CCCUUUCACAGCACGAUGAUGAUGUUCGCUUCGCCACACAUCAUAGCCUACCUACAUGUUAUUUAGAUUUCUAAGAAGUUUAAUCUUUUUUAGUUUUCUAAUUAGUAUUUAAGGCAUUAUUAAGGUUAAAGCAGAGAUUUAAGUAUAAUUAUUUUAAUAAUUGAAACGUAAAGAAGCAGAUACCGAUAAAAAAUAGACUGUAAGUAAGUUAGUUUUAUCGUAAAACAGAAAAAUAUCGGGGCAAAAGUGCGUUUCGGUCGUGAAGCACCAUUUUUCGUAGAGAAAAUUUUCGCUUCGCGGAGUGAAUUUGGUGAGCGAAGAAAAAGAAGAAGCGAGUUGUACGGGAAUCCGCGCCGCGCGUGCUGACGGUAAAGCGAAGAAGAAGAAGAAGCUCGGUACGAAAGUGCGUUACACGUUCGUUUGGCCAAAAUUAGUGCAUACGGAAUGCAUCCGUCGAAGAAGAUGAACGCGGCGGAACUUGAUGAUCACGAGAAGGGUAAACUGUUUGUCGGCGGUCUGUCCUGGGAGACGACUCAGGAGAACCUGCAGCGCUAUUUUGGCCGCUACGGUGAGGUCAUUGACUGUGUGGUCAUGAAGAACAACGAGACGGGCCGCUCUCGUGGGUUCGGCUUUGUGACAUUUGCCGAUCCGGAUAACGUCGAACGAGCACUGGACAACGGACCGCACACGCUGGAUGGCCGCACUAUCGAUCCGAAACCGUGCAAUCCGAGGUCGCUGCAUAAACCGAAGCGUACCGGUGGCUAUCCGAAGGUCUUUUUGGGUGGCCUUCCCCCAAACAUAACUGAAACGGAUCUGCGCAGUUUCUUCUGCCGGUAUGGUAACGUGAUGGAGGUGGUUAUAAUGUAUGAUCAGGAGAAAAAGAAAAGCCGCGGUUUUGGAUUCCUGUCGUUUGAAAAUGAAGCGGCUGUUGAACGUGCGACUGCCGAGCAUUUCGUGAAUAUCAGUGGCAAACAGGUGGAAAUUAAAAAGGCAGAACCGCGCGAUGGUAGCGGCAACAAUAACAGCAUGAAUGCCGAUUCCUACCAGUGGGGAUCACCGCAAGCUCCGCCGAUGGGCAAUGGUCAGAUGGGAGGCCCUCCAAUCAACAUGCAGUCGAAUAUGAUGCAGGGCUAUCAAGGUUGGGGUGCAUCCCAGCCGCAACAGGGCUACGGAGGAUAUGGUGCCUCUGCCGGAGCAGCUAAUGCGUAUCAAGGUUGGGGAGCACCUCCACCACAGCAGUGGGGCAAUUACAAUGCUACGCCCCAGCAGACGCAAGGUUACGGUGGGUAUGAUAUGUACAACAGCUCCGGUGCCGGAAGUGCCGGUGGUUACGGAUCGGGCAACUGGAAUUCGUGGAAUAUGCCCCCGAACACGGGAUCGACCGGAUCGGCCGAUAUGUACUCACGACCACAAUCCGGCCCAACGGCUGGCCCAGCUGGAUCGGCCGGCCCAACGGCGGGAGGACCUUCGAAACCCGGUUCCGAGUACGGCGGUGGAUCGGCGUACGGUUCCGGUGCUGCCGGAGGUUACGGCGGAUAUUAUCAGAACGAACAGAACACAGCAGCCGCCUACAACAACAGGCCCAGGUCGGCGUACGGUGGCGGUAAUGAUGCUUCAUCGCAACCACCUUAUCCAGCAUUUUGAGAGAUGACGACGACGACGAGCAGGAUGCAACCGCCGCAAACCCAACCGAUGCACUUUGCCGCCCAGCACCAGCAGCUACCGGCAGCAGCGUCAACAGCAAUGGCAUCGGCGGCGGCGGCUGCAGCCUCCUUCGAUCGAAGCUUGAUUGGAACGAAAUCAUAAAAUGAAGAGGAUUAUUUCUUAUUUUUUUUUAAACUUGAAGAAAACACUAAUUAUACAUAUAUUAUAUUGAAGGAAGAAGAAGCACUAAGAAAGGGGAAGAACAAUUAUACAUAUAUUAUUAAACAGAGGAAUAAAACAAUACGCAAAGAGAAGUUUAAUAAAAUGCAAAAAACACACAAUUGGAAAGAAGGCAAAACAUACAAGCGUAAGCAUAAAUACACAUCUAAUAUAACUUUAUUGACUAGGCUUAGGAGCGAAGCGGAAGAAAAUGAAAACGGAAAAAAGAAGAAGAAAUUGUUCAAACUAUUGAUUAUUAAAUUGAAUAAAAAACCAGAAAAACCUUUGAAAAUAAGCGUAAAAUCCCGUUUCAAAUGUUUAAGAUGCCACAUCAAAAAUAAUACCAUAAAAACACUCCGGUAGUAAGUAAAAUGAAUCAAAUUCGUUCACUCUCAAUCUAACACAUACAGAGAUAUACACACACACAAACAAACUUAAGAGGUAAUUUAACUCAGUCGUAUUUUAGAUGAAGCUUUCGAGUGGAACGUUUCAAGUGAAAUUUGUUCGUUUUUCUUUUUGAGUGACGGGGCAAAUUUCACAACAAACUUUUCUUAGCUCAUUCUUAAGCGUUAGUCCCUCGUUAUUAGAAACAGAGUAUAAAAAAAACAUGAAAAUGAUGGCAAAAAAAUUGUAAAAGGUGUCACCGCUGAGUGAAACAAGCGAAACUCAAGCUAAAUUUAUUUCUUUUUCUACACCCAAAAAAAAAAUUAACAGGAUUAUUUUCAAUAGGAGCCUCGUCCCCCUGAACCCCUCUUCCUAUGUUCCUAGCCCACCCACCAAAAUCGAUACUACAUACUGCAUGGUGUAAGAUGAGAAAACAAGAAACAAGCAAAAAAAAACAGCAAAAUCCCCUCAAACACAAAACUUUUUUGUCUAUAACGGAACGAUAAGGAUAUACAUUACUAUACUUAAUCAGGUACCCAUAAUAAUAACAAAAAAAAGAAGAGAAAAGUAAACAUAGAUGAAAACACUAUCCAACCGAGCGAGAGAGAGCGAGACAGAGAGAAUAGAAGCGAUGCGCGUCUGAUUCUGAUUUUUUUUUCUAAGUAACUGUAAAGAGCAAGUGAUUGAUUUAUUUUUUCGUUCAUGUGAUUUUCAGUUUCUUUUUUUUUUGAUUAAGCUUACUCCCUAAGGAAAAAAAACAAUGAUGAAGAGACUCAGAGCCUGAAGCCUGUUUUUUAAUGAUUACUUUUUAAGUUUGUCGUCGUUCGUUGUAAGGAUCUAAUCUUUAUCGGGAUAGAAGCAAAAGUAAGAGAAACCCCAAAGCUGCGCGUUUUUAAAGUUUAAAACUCUUAGAGGUACAUUUUUUUUUUAAAAAAAGGUGACGUUAAUCACAAAACACAUCCCCUCCUAUAAGUGAACAGAAUAAGGAAGCAAAUACAUAGAAUUACUACUCUCUUGUAAUCUUAGAUGGGCAAGCUUAAAGAUGAAUAAAUAAAGUAACGUUUUUUGACGAAACGGUAUUGAUAAACGAACGGGAAACCUCCUUUUGAUCAGUCGUGUUAAGCUUAACUUUAGAGAAGAAAUACAAAGGAACGUGAGGUAAUGAUUUGUUUUUUUUUAAACUAAUGAUAAACUAAAUGAAGAGAUAUAAGAAAAACCUGAUGAGUGGAAGAGAAAAAAACAGUCUAGCGAAUAAUUAUUAUGGGUAAGUUUGAUACAACAUAAGCGAAAAACCAACAAAUUAGAGAAGCGAAAGUGCAUUGGGAAGCGCAGUCUUCCCGUUUUCUUUCAUUUCGUAAGGACAAAGCUAAACUACAAGUUUAAAGGUAACCUCUUAGUAAUGAUAAAAAACAAACACGUUUCACCUGAUUAGUAAUUCAAGCAGACAGACCGAAAACAGCAGGCAUCCAACUUGAGUUUUCUUGCGUUUUUGUUUUCCAACGACAUUUACACUGAAAACGAAAAAUAAAAACUAGAAAAAGAAAUAAGUUACUUCUAAUGAUUCUACAUCUGUGAGAUCCCCAUUCAAAACUAAAAGUAAAGCAACAAAAAAAAAUCACUAAGCUCAUGCAAUGAUCCAUUGAUUAAUUAAGAAGAAGAAGAACAGUUAUUGAACAAUGAAGCGCGCCUGCCUUAUGUAGAAGUACAGGCAGAGCCCCCCAUCCUUUUGUGUGUUUAGAAUAUUCUUCGUCGGGACUUGUACAAAAGAAAAUUAAUCGUUUUUAUAACAACAAACUAUUUAGCACUUUGGCGGUUUAGCAAGCUGCAAAAGGGAUUUAGUGUCUUCAUUUUUCUUUCUUUCUUUCUUUCGGUGUUUUCGCCAAAAACUAUAUAUCUCGGUUUUCGUCAUUUUUUACACGCAUUCAACGUGUCGUCUAAGCCUGGUUUUUGCUUUACAUCUGGAACAAAAGCUGACCAAAACAGUAAACAUUAGCGAACAUAUUGAUAAUUGAUAGUCGCAUAACAGACAAGAGAAGAAGAAAAAAAAAACACAUCAACAAACAAUUACAUUAUAAUCAUGAUCUAAUCAGUGAUCGUAUUCUGAGGACGAUCUACUGGUCAUUUUUUUCGUUUUUAUUAUUUUUUUUUAUUAAAUGAAUUAAACAUCAAUUAUCAUUUCACGUUUUAUUUUAUUUUUUGUCUUAAAUAAUACACCUGAUUAAAAAAACUUUAUAUUUUGUCUAGUAUAGCAGAAGUGGUGAAGAUAUUCUAAUUAUUUUUUUUUCCUAACGAUAAUUAUGCUGAUUCUUUUAUUCCUGUUCAAUUCGAAGUAAAAGAAGAUCAAAUAAAGCAAGAAAAGUAGUUUUGUUUCUUUUUUUUUCAUAUGUUUGAGAAAUUUUAGUUGAUUUUGAACAAAUAGGUAAUGGUAGUAGGCCGUGAGUUAGGUAGCUUCAUUUUGUUUUGAUUUCCAAUUCGAGCGUCAGAACAGUAUUAUUCUACACUAAAGCGGAUUAUUUUUCGUUCGAAGUUGAUUUGCAACGCCAGCAAAAACAAUUCGGAGCCGGAUUUGUUUGAAUAAUCAAUUGAAUUUAGUAUUUCAACGGAUUAAUCUCCAUCGAUACUUGAUGUUUCUACGCUAACAUAAGUCAAUGUGAUGAUAUUUGGAUCUAGAUCAUCCCGGAUGUAAUGAUGGGGUGUCUUCUACGCUUCGUACGUGGUGUGCAACUUCCUUUCUUGGCGGUGUUAAUGGCACAUUGGUUAUCGCACCCAAUGUUCCAAUAAAUCGUGCCAUAACGGACUAUAUUCUCACACUAACGUCACUAGAAGACUAUUUUCUUCGAGUCACUAGGUGACGUGACUAUGAGAAAAGGGCCCAACAAAGGUUCCUGAACGGUGACCGCCAGUUCUCCAUAUUCGGCUCCAUACAAGGACAGAGCGACAGUAGGUUGUCAUUUACAACACCAGGCAAUAGUACCGUUUGUAGCAUAAAGAUGUACUGCCUAUAAUUGCACACCAGUCCCAUGUAGAUAGGGAAUCCCAUAAAACAUGGGAAAAAUGCGGUAAUGAGCAGUGCGUCGAAUGACUUAAGCCCGUUCAAAUACGAUGUCCAAAUUUCAUCGAUGUAUCCUACAAGUUCAACUUUGCCUAAUUUCUUGUAUUGAAAUACGUUUCAUGCAGAUAACGAAACAAAUGUUUGACUGCUUCGUAGUGCUUGCUUCCUGUGGUAACCGAGAAAAUCACUAGCAAACUCUAUCGAACUCGUAACAGCCAACUAAAGACGUCCAACGUCUACGAUGUCAAAAGAGGGACUGUCCGGACAACACAUUUUAGUGAACCGUUUCACCAAUACCAAAGCGUACACGAAUAGUAGACAUAUUCAUAAUAGAGUACGAGUAUCACAUCUCCGUUUUUUUAUUUUAAAUAAAAUCAACAAAAUUCAGAGGUUUUUAAGUGCUAGUUCUAACUGUACUUAAAUUUAAACUCAUGGGCUGAAACGUUUUGAAGGCUUCGGAGCACGUGAUGAUCUUCGCAGUGCAAUGUGUUCAGUCGCUUCUUGUAUUGACGGUGUGUCCCCCGGCUCAAACUGUACCUCAUCUGGACCCGACACCUUCCGUAGGUGAGACGUAUGUCGAUCGAAACACUUGUCAGUUUCGCUUGAUUUAACGGUUACACUUGGUCCAUUUCUUUUGACAACUACAUACUCCUCUUUGCCAUAAUCAGUUGUCAGCUUAUCUUGAGUCAAUAAAUUUUUCAUUAAAACUGUGUCACCUGUCUGAAUGUUACUUGGUCUUGCUCUACGCUUCUCAUCUUCUCGCUCUUUUCCUUCAAAUUUCUUUUGUAUAUCUCUAUCCCUGAAAUCCGAAUGUGGCGGGGUUGUACCAAGGUCAUCGAUCUGCGGAAACUUGAAGCGAACUUUUCUAUUUUGAAGCAGCUCACUUGGUGCCAUACCAGUGACUGAAUGAGGUGAGUUAUUGUACAGGAUCAAAUAAUCGUCCAACUCGACUUUCCAAUCCCCGUAUAAAGCAUUCGAGAUCUUUAACCGUUUUAACAGUGACCUGUUUUGACGUUCGACCUCACCGUUUGCUUGUGGCCAGUACGGCGUGGUGUGGUUCAAAACAACGCCAAUCGAUGUGCAAAAAUCAGUAAACUCCUUUGAGACAAAUUGUUUUGCGUUAUCUAGGGUUAUUGUUCUUGGAUAACCCCAUGUUCUGAAAAUUUUCUUCAAUCUUCGUACCGUUUCGCAAGCUGUGAUCCUGGACAUUACCUCUAGUUCCAUGUACCGGCUAUAGUAGUCGAUUACGACAAGCACAUAUUCACUCGUAGGCAUAGGACCUAAGAAAUCGAUCGCAAGGUCAACCCACGGCUUCUCGGGCAUGGAUCUUCUCGUCAUUGGUUCUGGAGGGUCCGCGGUGUGUACAAGACGACAUCCUUCGCAAUUAUCGCACAUCUUGAUCGCAGCCUGGUCCAUAUUUGGCCAUUACGUGACGUGACGCCAUUCUGCCAUUACGUGACGUAUAAAAACUUCAGACUCUUCUUGCCAACUUGUGUCGCUACAGUGUGCGGCUAGUCUGGAUAACGAAUCAGCCAGAUUUGCGGAACCUUUCCUAUAGACAACGAUGAACUUAAAAGCUUGCAAUCUCAAAAGCCAACGCUCAAUUCGAAUCGUAGGUCGAGAAGUGGCUGUGAAAAUAGUUUCUAGUGCUCGAUGAUCGGUCUCGAGCUCGAAAGUAAUACCUAGCAAGAAUAUGCGGAAUCUUUCAACCGCCCAUACGAUUCCGAGUGCCUCUUUUUCGAUAGCUGGAUACUUUUUCUCCGUGUCCGACAAACUCUUCGAUGCGUAGCUAAUUACUCUUGGCAAACUUCCUUUGAACUGGAUCAGCACGGAACCUAGCCCUACCCCUGAGGCAUCAGUGACCAAUAAUGUGCGGUCUUUUGGGUCGAAAUAACCUAAAUAGUCCAUGGACCCAAUGCGGUGUUUGAGUAAAUCAAAUGAAGUUUGAUGUAUUUGUUCCCAUUCAAAUCUAGAUGAUGGUUUGACCAAAUCUCUCAAAGGAGAACUAUCGGUUGCUAGAUUUGGGAUAAAACGGGAAACGUAGGUAACGAGACCUAGAAAACUCCGGAGCUCUUCUCGUGAUUUGGGAGCACGACAGUUCAAAAUAGAUUCAACUUUAUCGUCCGAAGGGAGCGCACCCUUUUCCGAAAGCUUGUGACCCAAGAAAAUGAUUUCUGUUUGUUUGAAUUUACAUUUGUGAUGGUUAAGUUGAAUUCCGAGUUCGUCAAUUCUCCGUACUACUGAUUUGAGUGCCCGAUCAUGUUCCUCUUCUGUUUCGCCGUAUAUAAAAAACUCAUCUAUGAAUCCCACCAUGUUUCCACACGUCGCAAACAAACUCUCCAUCAAACUCUGAAACAGUUCAGGGGCACAAUUUACUCCGAAAAAUAAACGUUUGAAUCGAAAUAAUCCCCAGUUAGUGAUGAAGGUUGUUAUGUCUCUGCAUCCUUCAGAAAGUAUGAUAUGAUAGUAUGAAUCUUUCAUGUCCAACAACGAAUAGAAACGUGCGUUUCGAAUCCUGGAUAGAAUCUCCUCGAACACCGGUAAAGGAUGGUUUAAACGUUGAAUUGCUUGGUUUGCCCGACGCAUAUCAAUGCAAAUACGUAAGUCACCGUUGUCCUUAAGGAUAGGAACUAGUGGUGAAACCCAGGACGUCGGUCUUUCAACACGUUCUAUUAUACCUUGCGCCGAUAAAUCAUCUAACUUUGCUUUAACUUUUUCUAACAGCGGGACUGGACAUCUCCGAAGCGGUUGUAUUACGGGAGCCACGCUUCUGUCUAUUGGGAGUGUAAGCUCAACAUUUUUUAUGUGCGGAAAUUUCAUUUUCAAAGUUUCUGCAUGAUUUAUACCAAUCGAACAGUUUUCAAGGCCAACUCGAAGAACACCAAGUUUCUGGGCGGUAUCUUUUCCGAGCAAUGCCUGCUGACCCUUCUCGAUUACAAAAAACGUGGAGUGGGUUUGAACUUUUUCAUCGGCCCCGAUUAUUUGGAUGUUGGCAUCGAAAACGGUUAAUAGUUUCAAUGGUACUUUACCAUACGCGAGAAACUUUUUGGUUGAAUCAAAACGAAUGUUGUUAACAGUCACAUUUUGUAGCUGCAUCAUAUUCCAUGUGUUAUCAUCAAUAAGGUUAUAUUUUGAACCGGAAUCGAUCAGCAUUUGUAUAGCUAUUCCUCCUACUAAGCAGUUAAUAUGAUCGUCCGAUGUAUCUUCAAUAUUAUAAACAGGCAAUUUUUCCUCUAAGUUAUAUCCGUCAACUUCGACAGCCAACACGCUUCGUGGCCGCUUAAAAACUUUCGCUCGCUUUUCCUCUUCAGCCGGAGGAAAACGUUUUCCAAAAUUUCCUGUAUUUGGCUGAAAAAAAAAAUAUUAUUUUUUUUUCUUUUUUGUUAUAACUACUUACAUUAACCCUUACACUAAGGUUUCUGCAUACCGACUUAAAGUGACCAUUUCCACCACAUCGCAAACAUUUUUGAUUUGUGGCCGGACAUCUUUCUCCGCUAUGUUGGUUGUAACCACAUCGUGUGCAUCUUGGUCUACCGCCCUGCUGUAAUUCUAUUUUGGUAGUCAUUUUUGGUUUUGCAUAGAGCCGCUGAAUGUUUGAAAUCGACAGAUUUGGUUUCUUGCUCAUCGCAGAUGCCUGGUACUUCACUGCCUGAUAGGAGUUUACUACCUUAACACAAUCAUUUAACGUUAGAUUUUCCCUUUCUAAUAACCUUUCUCGGAGAUCCUCUGGAGCAGCUUGAAUUACUUUGUCCAUUAUAGCUAUCUGCCGACUGUCCAGAGCUGUUUUUCCGAACGAGCACUUCUCAGCUUUUUGUUGAAUCCUCUCCAAAAAUUUCUCAAUCGGUUCUUCAACAUCUGCUGUCAUAGUCCAAAAUAAAUAUCUCUCAAAACUCUCAUGAUGUUUUGGAGAGAAAUGAGCCUCUAGCUUCAUUUUAGCUACCAUAUAUGGGUCAACGUUUUCAGAAACCUCAACGUCAGCUCCCGGAAUAGAAUCAAAAAUGCUUUGUAAUUCCAAUCCGCCCAUUGCUAAUAGCUGUAUUUUCUUGAUGGCACUGUCUACAAUGCCUGACGCUGUCAUGACUCGUUCGAAACCACGAAUCCAACCGGCCCACGCAUUUCGUAAUUCUGUAGUAGGCAAGUGUCUGAACCGGAAUUGUGGGAGAUUAUAAACAGCUGGAUUGAAACUUUGAGUUGUCUGAAGAACAAACACAUUUUGUUCGCCUUCCUUUCCUUGAUCUAGCUGCGUUGGAUUUUCAUUCGCCAUUCUGUUAGAAUAAAUAAAUAAAGCGAUAUAUUUUCGUAUGUCUCACACAGUAUUUAAAUUUCAGUAGCAAACAUGAUAAUGUAUUGUCUAGCCCGAGAUAAACUAGCGUUUCGUAGAUUUGUUGCUAUAUGUGUAGUACAUGAGUGUGUACGAAACAAAAAUAAACGUCAAAUCGUUUUUUCGCUUGCACUAAUGCAAAGUGAACAGGCGCGUAAUUCAGCGCACGGCUUGGUGGCGCAUGGCUGAAAUGUCACGAUGUGGUUUUUAGAAAAGAUUCGCAAUACACAAGCACGUUUCAUUUUGACACCAGUCUCGGCGUGACUUAAUUGCAUAGGGUUAGGUACUCUUACACUAGGCGUUAGUAAUGUCAUUACUGAACAGUAGUGUAACUUUCAAUGAUCGUGUGAGGCGAGUAAUGAUGGAAUUUUCAUACAAUUCCAGUAAGUCAUCACUCAGUAAUGACAUUUUUAUUUCACGUGUAAGGUUGCUUAUAGACUGUGGUUGGAGACAUGUUUGUGUAAACGGUAUUUGUUUCGUUUCACCAAGUUCCUCCACCAACACUUUAGUCGGUACAAACUGCGGUACACAAACUAAUAAUAUCCUUAGAUAAAGAUGAGAAUUUUCGUAUUGUAAUCUCGAUCAAAGCAGACCAUUUGUUCAUCAACUGCGCGCGGCAGUCCCUUGGAUCAGUUUUUGGUAUUGUCAAAUUUUCUCGACUAUUUUAACACAGAAAGCAUUUCUGUAAAACUUAUGUUCACUCAAGCUCCACUUUUUUAGCUUGUAUUUUAAAGUUUGCAUAACAUUUUUGGUGUGCAAUUUCAAACACAGAAUUUGUGCUGUGAAAUUUCCACUCACCCGAGCUCAACUUUUUUAGCUCGUAUUUAUGUUCCUGAGGUUAUUUGUUUUCCUCGUCACUUCAGUGUUUUUUUUUCACAUGGGCUUUUACUUCAUUUCACCCAUCUUUUCAUCUUAUUCAUGCAAAACAAAAUGGCCUCUAAUGACUCACAGUCUACAUGCAAUUGAAUAAUUUGAUUUCAUGUUGUCACACUCAUCGUGUUACUUACGUUUAUUUAACGGUAUGGUUUCAAACAAACGCCUAAUUCACAAAAGUCGACUUUUUAUCAGAAAAACGUCCCUCUCGUCGCCAUUUAUGUGGUAACCGAGAAAAUCACUAGCAAACUCUAUCGAACUCGUAACAGCCAACUAAAGACGUCCAACGUCUACGAUGUCAAAAGAGGGACUGUCCGGACAACACAUUCUAGUGAACCGUUUCACCAAUACCAAAGCGUACACGAAUAGUAGACAUAUUCAUAAUAGAGUACGAGUAUCACACUUCCUACGCGGUCAUGCUGUAAUGGCUUCAUUGACUGACUGACUAUUCUCAAAGCCCCGUUACUUGGGGACUAGAAGGAAAUUUUCUUCUAGUCACUAGGUGACGUGGCUGUGAGAAUAUGGCCACUAGUCUGGUACAAUGCACUUAAAGCUUCUAACAGCCUUCUGGUACAGAACUCGAUGCAUAUUACGGCGUCUUCUGGUGCUUUCAGAGUCAUCUCUAUUGUUAGUUUUAUACAUGGGUUGAUUGUAUACCAUUCCCCAGAAAGAUUUUCCUAGAAUGUGCCAUUCCAUAGAAUACCUCAUUACCAAAAAAUGAGAUAUUUUUUUCAUUUUGUCUGGUCAAGCCAAAGGUUUGCGCAUUACUUAAUUCAAGGAUCUUUUGAGGUGUAAAGCUGCUGAGAGUGCGCCGUCGGAAGCGGCGGCCCCUCGCAAGCAAACCUGUUAUCCACUCGUAUAGCCGGUUUUAGUCGAACGUAGGGAUUGGCUAUUGCUUUCAAACAUGAGCAGUUCUUUGCAUUUGUAUGCUAAAGAACACUUGCACACAUACUUGUGAUCUAUUGGUCUGCUAGGCUUAUUCAAACACUGGUCUUGAUUCCUUCUUUCGAGCGUUUCUUGAAUCUGUGUAUAUUUAAAUCGAAAUGAAUUCACAUUUUGACAAAUGGUUUGGUUGGUAUUUAGAGCAUUAUCCUUCUUUGACGGAGUCUGCCUCCGGAACAGAUGUAGUUGGAGAGGUCAUUACCUGACCGUGUCGAGCAUUGCGUUGCUUGACUUGUCCAAGGCUUCUGAUACCACCUGGAGGUAUGGCAUAUUACGAACAUAUUAGAAUGAUCAACGUGCUGAACAGUUUCCUGGCAGAAAGAUCGUUCCAGAUUAAUGUAGAGGGUUACUUACCGCCCGCGCAUCCGCUGGAAAACGGUGUGCCACAAGGUUCACUGCUCUCGGUUACGCUGUUUCUCGUGGCUAUUCAACCCAUCGUUCGCGUGGUUCCCAACACUAUAAAGAUCUUGUUGUACGCCGACGAUAUCCUAUUCAUAGUCAGGGGGAAGAAACACCAGCCGCUUUAUCGAAAACUUCAGUCAGCAGUAAAAGCCGUCCACAAAUGAGCGAGAAGUGUUAGAUUUACGAUAUCUGCAACGAAAUCCAACAUCUUCUAUUGCAGCCCUAAUGCCCGCCGUUCACCCAGUCAAGCAAUCACGAUAGAUCGAGUUUCUAUACCGACAGAAACACGCCUGAAAACUUUCGGUAUCACUCUCGAUCUCAACUUCGUAGCGCACAGCAAAUUGACGAAGGAGGCAUGCGAAUCUAGGUUGCGCAUCCUGAAGAUGAUCGGUGCCAAACUACCCCGUAGUCAACGCUCUUCUUUACUGCAAAUUUGAUCUGCAAUUAUUACUUCACGUCUUUUGUAUGGCUUCGGGCUCGUUAGUAGAUAUGCAUCUGGAGCAUACGUCACCAGUCCGAUCAUAGCCAGUAUGGCAGAAGCAGGUACUCUACCGUUAUAUCUCCUCAUUCUCCAAACUGUAGCCCAAUUAGCCAUCAGAAUGUUGGGAAACAGCAGAGAGAAUGCUGACCUUCCUCUGGCUCGCCGAGCCUCCGAACGUCAGACAGAAAUAGUUGGAACGCCUCUCCUAAACGAACGCGACUAUCUGAUCGAAAGUGGUACGAUCGCAUGCCCCAGAUCCUUUAGGACAUCAAGAAGCGUGUAAAAGCUGGAGACCGCUCGGGAAUUGUUCGUCCAGUUGUUCAAGAGCUCCUGACAUAUCGCCUCAGCUGUUCAACAAUCGUCUACACUGAAUGCUCGAAAGACAAUACCGCAGUAUUUAGGCGCGGGAGUAUUUGGAGAACACUUCCAACAGUCACUUGGCCUUCCACAGCAAUGCAGUGUAUUUUUGGCAGAGGCAUUCGCAAUAAAAGCAGCGGUAACAAUUGAAUGUCAGCGACUUAUGUCGUUUUUGCUUGAGGUAGAAACUAAUGGCGAUUUCGCAUGAACCUAGGGUGACCAUACGUCCUGGUUUCCCAGGGCAUGUCCUGGUUUUUCACUGACUGUCCUGGUGUCCUGGGAAGUCGAUGCAGAAGCUGGACUUGUCCUGGUUUUUCUCCUGUAAGCCUAAUAACAGGUGUUCAAUAAAAAUAAGAGUCAUGUAGUUGAAAAACAAAAACAAAAAUCUUUAACGAAUUCAGAAUUUUUUAUUAAAAACAUAAUGUUUAUUCUUCAAAAAAACGUGAAUGAAUAUUGGAGAAGGGGCCCUGGUCAGCAUUACGACGUAACUUAGUCGCGAUGCAAUCAUAAGAGCACUGGACGGACCUGACGUCCUUCUUCUGGAUACAAUUCCGGAUCCUGGUGGUCAACUGCUUCGUACCCUUGACUUGCCAAUUAUUUUUAUACACUAAAGCACUGAGAGAGCCGAAAAAACCCCAAUGGGACGGCACUGGGGCAAGUUAGUCGGGUUUCUCUCUUUCGGCACGUAAGAUAUCUUUUUCUGCUCAGCGUCUUCUUGGCGUAAUGGGAAGACGUCUUGUCCGGCCAGAAGACGUACUUCCCAACCGUAUGAUGCUCCUUUAAGAACGGCAGAAGAAUUUUCUCAAGACACCUCUUCUGGUACACUUGUUGAUUAAUGGCCAGACCGCUCGCCUUGAACCACGGUUUUGAAAUCCUUCUGUCCGAUAUGGCGAUGUACAGCAUAACAUUUCAUUUAAAUUUAUACUUAAACUUGUAUUUUACUUAAGGGUGUGUGGCCGACUUGUCGUUUGAAUAGUAGCUGUCAUUUCCUGGAAUGUGGGUGUUCGAGAGCAGCACGAACGACGUCUCGCGGUAGUUGUUUGUCAUCCACCGGCACUGCGAUUUCACGAUCGCUAUCUGCUCGUCCAUGUCAUCGGUGACAGAGUCUUCUUCCGACAGAUGAUGUCCUCCAUCUUGGGAGCUCGGUGAAUCGAGGCCGACAUCACGCAAAUUCGUUUCGUCCUUGUUGUCGAACAGCUUCUUCAACGCUUUCUUCUUCUUCUUCUUCGUCAUUAUCUUCGCCGGUGGCCGCUACCGGCCUUCUGCUCCACGCUCAGGGAUGCCAGGAUCUGGUAAACUGUACUCACGGGCACGUUUUCGUCUCGAAAGUGGUCUACCGUAAACUUUUUUCCACGAUGGCCAAGUGUUUCGUAAAACCGCACAACACACUCACGGAGUACUUGUUGUUUCGACGCCAUCUUCGAUUGAACUGACAGCACCCGAGCGAAAAGAAACAUGUCUCCCAUUUAUAGGGAGUGCAGAGAGCAAUUCUCUUGGAGAGAAAAGAAUUUACGCUCUUUUCUUUAAUUACAGAAAGGUAUUGAAAUCAUUCUCAUUUUUUAUUGAGCACCCGUUAUAUUUCAACUUAUUGAGUUUUCGCUUUAUUCACUCUGCUCCAGAGUACGACAAACAAAACUUAAUACACUCGAAUCUCUCAAUUGUACCAUCCGAUGCCUUUUUUAAUCUCUCCAUAAUACCUCGUUAUUUCUUUUUCCAACUUACUUUUUUUACAUGGAAAUUGAAAAGAGAAAGAGGCCUUCGUAUGUACGUACCAUAUGAAUGAGCUGUAGUCUAUUUGCAACAUUUGGCCAUCGAACCGAUCCCAGUUGUGGACCAAAUUGUGGCCGCUGUCAAUGUCGAUGAAAUAAUGAUUCCGGGAUCCGAAAAAUUUCCUUUAGUACCUACCUCUAAGAAGACACAUCGAAGUUUUGGCGAUUGUGCUUCUUCUAGAGCUCUCUUGCAAGUGGCAGUUUUUCGUUCUACUGGAAAUCCAUUUCAUAAAAAGGAAAAUGGCAAAACAACAAUAACUGUCGUGGAAUAACGUUUCUACAUACAGUCUGAUGCCUACCGCGCCAGCAAAGCGAUCGAAAAAUAACAGUUGUCCCAAGCCAGUGUGGAAAAUAAUGCACCGUUACUUUCAUUGAUGCGAUAUCGAUCGUUUAUUUAAAAAUGAUUGAAACUCAGCAGCAAAAUUUGAACAAUCUUCGAUACAAUACAGUGGUCGUUUCUCCAAUCCGCCCUUGUGUUCGGGAAGUGGAACAAUCAAUAAAGGCGCAUACUCGUAAUGCGGUACUGAUAGCAUUUAAAACUUUGGCCAUGGCGAAAAGUUUGGCUAUGGGAAACAACAUGCAACACGUCGUUGCACAUGACAAUGUUAGAAUCAAGAUACCCGUUUAGAUUGACGAUGAUAAGACCGGUGUGCGUCUGCACGAUCUAUCCCCGCGUACAACCAAUAAAUUCACCAUUGAUGUCGAAGUACGUAACGGUGAAAGUUUGAAACCUGGAGAAAUUUGUUUCCAGGUGUAUCCAAUGGUGUUCGUAUCAUGAGAAUGCGAGUUACGUAACCUAUUCCUUCAUACCUGAACAUUCAAUACGAAAUAGAAAGUGCAAGCACAUCUCAAAUCACGCUGUGCACAUAUGAAGGAUAGAUCCCUACGUGCCAAGCCAUGUGCGAAAGCCUCUAAUGAAACAACAUCAACUGCGAGCAAACCCAACAACAUUUACUAAAUCACCAACAACCGGAGUUGCAACUCAGCCACCAACGAAUGCUGGAACAACAGAAUCUACACACAGCGUGUCCGAUCUUACCAAUCAACUGCCAGCACCACCGACAAUAAAGUAAAUGACAAAAAAUACGGAUACACGAUCGUGACCCGUUGGUCCCACAAACGAUUCAAACCAAAUAAUCGUGAAAACCCAUACAACAUCAAGAGGACAGCAUGGACGAAAACGAUAAACCGAGUGAAAGCAGACUAAGUGAUUUGCAUGGCUUCGCUCAUGGGCAUGGCUACUUGGGACCGUUGAUGUUUCUGCUUUGCUUCAAUGACAUGUAUUCAGUGCUGAAAAUCCUCGUCUGUUCCUGCACAGACGAUCUUAUAAUAAUUCGUCUCAUUUGCUCAAUUCUGGAUUUCCGAUUUCUCCAACAACAGCAUAAAACUUUCGCUGAUGGAGGUGUAGCAAGAACUUCGUGUGUAAAUCCUAAAAAGCACGGUGAUCGAAUUCCCACGAAAAAUUGUCUGAUAGAGCUGUUCCUCUCAGACCCACAGAAUUUUUUUACUGCCGAAGCUCUGCUUGCCCGGCACAAGAUCUUUGUAACUGCCGAAAAUCUGUGAAGAAGGCACAGUCGAUUGAUAGGUAACGGGGGGAGGGAGUCCCCUUUCGACUGUCCUGGUUUUUUACUCGCCCCAUAUGGUCACCCUACAUGAACCUGAAACUGAGUCAGGUUCUAACCCCAACCGCUGUCAGUUCAUACAUUUUGACAGCAGUUGGGGUUAGGAACUGACUCAGUUUCGCCUCAAACAAAAACCACAUAACUCAGUUUCGGGCCUAACUGCUGUCAAACCGUUUGUUUGGCGCCAGUUUCGAACCUAGGUUAUGCGCCACUGAACUGAAAACCGAGUUGGGUUCCAACCUGAAAUAUAUUUCGGGUUCGCUCACACCACCGCUGUUUUGCGAGAACCUAACUUUGGUUCCAUCAAAAACGUUUGUUUGAAGCAACUAACCUGGGUUAGAGUCUAGGUUCUCAAUCGAAAACGACAUUAGUGAUAAUGUCCGAUUCGACCAGCUGUUUAUCGGCAAUCGAAGCCGGUACAUCCCAAUACCCGUAGAUCCAGGAAAUCGAAAACCUGCUACGAUAUCGCUCAAUCAAGCUUUGCUGGAUUCCAGGUCACGCUGGCAUCCGUGGUAACGAGGAGGCUGACUGACUCGCAGGAGAAGUGAGGAACUAUUAGCACAGACUCGAAAACAACGCUUCGCCCGCUUUAACGGUCAUUUUUAAUAUAUUUUUAUAAUAAUUUUGUAUUUGGGACUGUGGCCAUAUUUACAAGUUAAGCGCCACGAUAUAUGAAUCCCAGUCAAAAAGGGCAAGUUGCUGGCUAACGGGGGGCUAUUUGCCAACUCGGAUGCGCUAAUUGCCCUUUAAUUUGCCAGCAAAUUGCUGGCAAUUCGGGGGCUAUUUCAAAUGCAACAUUUGGGCGAUUUGCCGCUGUCAUUUUUUUGCCGCUCUACCUGCUCUUAAAUCGCCCGGGGAACGCGCCACUUUAUCACCCUUAAUUGCCUAAUAGGAAAAUUACAAAAGAUUUUUAUUUUCGGAUUCAUUAUCUACUCACAUAAACUUUUCAGUACACUAGGUAAUCACCACAAAAUUAUAGAAAAAAUCAAUUGUGAAAUUAAUAUUGCACACCAAAACUUACCACAAUCUGACUUUUAUGAAGACUUUAGAUCAGAGAUCUUGUUCCACUAUACUUACACACGAUUCCACAAUUUCUAACAUUAUUUGGCCAAAUUGAGAGCACUGGACAAACAAAAUACAAGUGAGAACACGCGCAUUGUUUAAACAAACAAUUUUAAGCUUAAGCCAAGCAUAAACCGCCAUGUUUGAAAAACGCAAAAAUAACCAAGUCCAUUUCAGCCGCCAGAAAAGUUGUCUAAGUAUUGAAAUUGCUUUAAAUCGCAUUCACAAAUUGCAUUUGUUCCUAGGGGCAAUUAGCACAGGCGAGUUGAGUCAAACGUCAAACUGUUUAAAUCGCCUGACCAUGUUCGUCCGUAUUUUUUUGACCGGGACCCCAUCAUCAAAUGGGACCGUGAAUAAAAGCGAAGCUAGUGCUCUGGGAAAAUUACAGGAUCGAUGGUGUUAUGUCUGUUAGUCUGUGCUGUUAGUACUGAUUAUUUGUAAUUUGAAUACAUUUUAUAAAACAAGUACCUUUCUUUUACACAUGAGUUGUUCUUUUGAGUUUAAUUUUUUAAAUAUUUGUUUUGAUACACUUUUGAAGCUAAGCAAUGGUUAUUCACAGAUCUUAGAGAUAGUGAUAGUCGUGAUUACAACGAAAUUUCACCUUACAAGCAACAGAUACAGAGCGCCUGCCAAACUAGAUAUUUCGUACAUAGCUCCAAUGACACUCCCAGCCUGUUUGUGACAUUAAAGCGGCUUGAAUUUCACCAGAAAUCGCUAGCUACCCUUUUCGUCGUCGCUGCGGCUUCCGACUUUCGAUUCUAUCGUUUCUUACAUUGGUAACAAUUCAUAAAAUGGUCUUCAAGCAAAAAGUAACCUAUCAAAUGUUUGCUCGCGCUUUUCGAAAAUUCGAACAACUCGCAGCCCAAGUUAGCUAAAUCGUCAAAAGGGCCCAUUUCAACUUUGACCGGCGUAAUAAAAGUGUUUCUGGUCGGGAUUGGGGAGAAGACGUAAACCGAAAGCCGCAACGAUGACAAAAAGGGUGGUUUCAAGCGGAACACCUACCCCUCCCACUGGGAAUGUUGUGGAGUUCUUCAUGAAUUAUCUGGCGGUAUUUUAUUUGUAACUAGGACCGUCAACCAGGAUCGUCUUCAUGGCCGUCAUAUGAAUACGAUCAAUGAGACACUUCUAAUAAAAAAAUUUGAACCUAGUCACUAUCUCGACAGACAUACACACUUAAUUUUUUCUACCAAAUCUCAGCUUUUUUCGCAUCUUUUGUCGAAAUCUCAACAGCUGAGAUCUCAGUAAACAAUUUUUUUGCUGAGGUAUCAGUAAAAGUGACGUUUCAUAGCUGAGACUCGGAAAAUAUUUCACAAAAAAUCUUACUUUACUAUCAGUUUCUAAAUUUGCUGACUACACGGCUGUUGGGAAAUUGCCGGACAGAAUUGAGUGUGUAAACAUUGCGUAACUUCAAAAGUGUAUCAAAGCAAAUAUUCUAUAAAUGAAACUCAAAAGAAGAUGUCUUCAUAUGAUCAAUAAUCAGUACUAACAGUGCAACAUAGCACUUUCAAAAUUGUCCCAACUUCUGAACAAAUUACCCUGCUUGACACAAAGAUAUUUGACAUAAGACAUAAUAUGGCAGUUGGCCAUGCGACAUAUCAAACGUGUUGUAUAAGAGGAUCGUACUUUUAACCCUCGAGCACUCGCGCUGUUGCACUUUGUACAUCACUUUGGAAUUUUUCGUUAUCAUUUAGUUGCGAAGACAAUUACCAAUGCCAAACUACUAUGUAUUGCUCAGAAAUCAUGUUUUAUACAGGAUACACUCAUUUUUGUGCAUUGAUAUAGCUCAAGUGCAACAAUACAAUCUGAAAUUGUUUGAUGAAACCAGACCAAUAGAACGUGCGUUGUGGGAAGUUCAACCAAACAAUAUUCUUCUCUUUUCAACUUCCUUCGGCAAACUUGUUCAGAAGAUCAAGAGCUAGUCAGUGGAAGAUACAAUAGUUUGAUAUAAAAUUCUGCCGCUAGGUGACGCCAGUGAGCAUGUUAUUUUUUCAGCUUACUAUAUCCCAAGAUCUAUAUUUUUUAGAAAGUCAAUAUCUUCGACGAAGUUGCUAAGCAGAUCAAAACUUAUGAGGUGGUAUAACGGCUGCUUCAGAAAACUACCGUUAGGCGGCGCUAGUGAGCUUGUCAGUUGUUCAACCUAAUGUAUCUCAAUUUCCUGAUUUUUUAGCGAGUAAGUGCAUUCGGCAAAGUUGCUCACGAGAUUGAAACCUUCGAGGUGGUACAUCGAAUAAUAUGUGAGUCUUCCACUACGAGGUGCUAGUGAACUUGAGCAUGUAAUUUUUUCGACCCACUGUAUCUCAGUUUCCCGUCUCUUUGGAAGGUCAUUGUUCUAUCUUUUCUUCGAACUAAAACCAAAAAUGGUGAAUGUCACCAAGGGAUAGAAUAAAUCGUUGAUAUUCCGAAAAUAAGUUCACUAAAUUGUCAGAUGACGUUCCUCUAACUCAACUAAACUAAUUUAUUCAUUUAUAAUUUUGGAAUAUGUACGCAAAGAAAUUAGUUUGGAAAGUCGUAAAACUCAUGUGUACCAUUUCUGUAACACCAACCAACCACUCACGACGGUAAUCUGUAAAAGAGGCUGCUUAUAACAUGCAUAUAACAUGAAAUAAUGACACAACCUUCCUAAGUACAGAAAAAUGCCAACCAAGCACAAUUUUUCUUCGAUUUCUUCAACGUACUGAUUUGAUUCGAAAAUAGUAUAGUCACUCAUGACAUUAAUUAUACUAUCAUACAUCUAAAUAGUCGCAAUCUUGACGUUCAGAAAUCAUGGAUAUUCAUGCUCACUAGCGCUACCUAGGUGCAGAAUCCCAAACUAUUCAGUGUUUCGUUUCAUAGGUAUUGUGCAACUAUAUCGAAGAUACCGUCCUGCUAACAAAUCAGGAAUUCGAGAUAGAGUAGGCCAAAAAUGGUAUGGCCACUAGCGCCACGUAGUAGCAGAAUAUCGAACUAUUUCGCAUACCACCUCGUAGGCUUUGAUCACCAGAACAACAUUGUUGAAGACACAUAUCUGCUGAAAAAUCAGAUACUUUAGAUACAGUAGAUCGAACAAAAUUGAAGCUCACUAGCGCUGCCUGGCGGUAGAAUUCUGUCAAGUCAAUGCGCCUCUCUGAAAGGCCAUUAUGUACUGCCCGAGUUUGCAGAAGAAAGUAGUGCUCCAAAAUGAUACGGAUCACGAAGUAUUCUAAACACUAUCUGUGUUGUACAAAGUACAACGUGCGAGUGCUCGUGUUACAAAAUUUGGCGCGACUACCGGAGGGUUAUGUACGAAACAUUUACAAUUCAUAAGAAGAAUAAAUGUUCCAGGAACCCACAAAACCAUUUGUCAAAAUGUUGAUUCACAUUCAUUUGUUGUUGUUGUUGCACAUUCAUUUUGAUUUUAAUAUAGAUUCAAGGAAAGCUCGAAAGAAGGAAUCAACACAUAUGUUUGAAUGAAACAGGCAAACGAGAAGAUCACAAGUUAGCUUACAAGAGUGAUUUGGCGUUAAGAUUCAAAGUACUGCUCAUGUUUGAAAGAAGGAAUCAAUUCCUAUGUUCGAGUAAAUCGGGUAUGCGAAUAGAUAACUGGCUUGCCCAAGUAACCAUAAACAUUAAUCCAUUGCACUAUAUUGGCUAUACAUUUGCACUAAUGUUGCAUUGAAACUCCAUUACAGCAUUAACAAUACAAUAAAGCUCUAUAUUAGCAUCAAUAAUGCAUAAAUGCACAGCCGAAAUAUAGCAUUAUCGCUUGCUCUAUAUGCGUAUAUAAUACAUGCUUCAGGAUCUUUAAAGGAUGUUUAAAGGAUUUAAAGGAUGUACAUUUAGUGCUAUUAUAGAGCAGGUAGAAAGCUAUUGUAAUGCUGUGAGUUUAUUCGUUAUGCAACUCUCCUUUAAGAUUAUAUUCGGCAUAUUUCAUUUCAAUCGAAUAUAUGCAAGGUACCUCAGUUCAGUACUUACUAAAGGUAAUUUUCUUAAAACAAUCAUAUCAUGUGAGAACGAAAACCUAUUAAGGAUAUUCAUCAAUUAUGGAUUUUUUUUUUAAUUUUUCCUCAUCAUAGCGAAAUACAAGAAGUGGUUUUAAAACUGUGGCGGACAAUGACAGCCAACUGAAGCUUUCUUAUAACACUAGUAGUGCCAAUAUUAGGCUUUCAAAUUUGACAUUCGUAUGCUGGUGCUGAAUAAUAGCAUUAGUACUGCAAAAUCGAGCUGUCAAUCUCUGCGCAAUAGCUGUCAAUAGUGCUAUUCACUAUAUUUCGUCUUUUCUGGCAUAAUACCAGCAUUAUAUCAGUAUUUGGGGCUUGACGGCUCUUUCAGACUACCCUAUAUACAGGGUGUUUGGUUCAUGGUUAAGAAUCUCUCGAGGGGUGAUAGACUGCCAUAUUUGGAGAAAAAAAUUGUUCUACACAUACCAUCAAAUCUCAACCGUUAUAGAGUUUUUGAACUUUUUGUGUAAAAAUCUUAUUUGUCUUAAAAUACCUCUAACUUUAAAACUAUACUUUGUAUUUUAAAUGUUUUAGUUCCAUUCGAAAGGUGAAAAAGUUUCGCAUUGAGUGAUGCCCUCACAUGUUUCAGCUAAUGAGUUUAAGUAGCCUUUUCAAAGUAAUUUAUUGAAAAUUAAGCAAUUUUAAACGAUUUUUCGUUCAUUUCUUAAAAAUCCUAAUAGUUAACCUCAUCCUUUUAAUAAUUCAGAUUGUUAGUCUUGGUGAGCUGCUUAAUUCGUUCUUUGACAUGAUACACUUAAUUUUUCUUAUUUUCAUGAUUUUGGGUUAUUCAACAUGGAUAUUUUUAUCUCAUUUUCACUAGUACCAGCUCUAAUUGAAAAAUUAUGGCACUUAUUGUACUUUUUUUCUUUUUAUUAGAAAGCCAGGAAAAUUUUACAGUGAAAACAGUAUUAAUACCUUUCAGUUAAGUGAAUUUAGUAUUCUUUUAAAAGUAAAUUAGUUUAAAGUUAGUGCUAUUAUUAGCAUUUUCGUUAAUUUUCUUAAAAUAGUAAAUAAUAAACAUCAGCAUUAUUAUCAUGGAAAUAAUGCAUCUCAGCAAGUUCUACAGUUCUUUCUUUGACUCCAUUCAAUUAUAUCUUUUGGUUUCGACGCAAAAUCGUUUUUAUCACAUCGUUUCAUAUGCAAAAAUAACGAUUUCGAACCCACUACAUUUGUGGCGAGCUCAUGCUGUGUUAACUAUUAAAUAGCAGCAAAAUGAAAAGUGAUAUAGACAAAGUGUCAAAUAAAAAGUUACAGAGAACAUUAAGGGGCAUCAAAUGAACAAUAGUAACGAUAAAUUUUGUUGAUUAAUAAUUAGAAUAAUUAAAAAACUCUCCAAAAACACAAAUUUUGAGUUAUUUCGUUAGUAAAAAAUCAUUUAGUACACUUAACUAAAAGAUAUUUGUACAUACACUGAUAGGAAAUUUUCUCAACUUUCCAAUGAAAUCUUGUAAAUAACGAUAUAAAGCAUAUUUUUUAGAUUAGAGUCUUUUAAGCACUUGCAAGUCGGUUACAGGAAAAGUAUAGUAAUGAAAUUACAAAGAAAUGAGAAGAGAUAGAAAUAUGACGUCCAAGAACAAAUUAUGAAUCGUCCUAAAACCCAACUUUUGGAUAAUGGAUAUUGCUAUAAUCAUACUUCAUUAUUUCGAGAAAAUUAGCAAAAACCUCCUCAAAAACACUAACUUUUAACUACUUUACAGCUAAAAGGUAAUUAAAACUAAUUACUUAAAAGAUAUGAGAACACCAUUCAAUAGGAAAUUUUCUCACCUUUCGAAUGGAACUGAAACAUUUAAAAUACAAAGUAUACUUUUAAAGUUAGAGGUAUUUUAAGACAAAUAAGUGUUUUACACAAAAAGUUCAAUAACUCUGUAACGGUUGAGAUUUGAUGGUAUGUGUAGAACAACUUUUUUCUUCAAAUAUGGCAGUCUAUCACCCUCCGAGAGAUUCUUAACCAUGAACCAAACUCCCUAUAUACCCUAUAUAUCAACACAAUGCACAUCAUUUCAAAUGUGACCGAAUCGAUAGCGAAGAAUGCCGUUCGAUGGAAAUGGGAGCGAGUAAUACAUUUAAAAAGAUCAAAUCAAUAAAUAAAAAAAAUAAAAUUUUUCUAGGGAAUGACUUUCUGGGAAAUGGUGCAUUCUGGGGCAUGGUUAUUUGUGGAAUGAUUUUCGGAGGAAUAGUAUACAAUCGUUCAAUUGGCUGAUUGCUUUCAUACCUGAGAUCUGAUCUGAUUCAUUCACUUCAAGCACUUCUCGCAGCCUUCUGGUACAAAACCCGUAACAGUUUCGGCCUCCUCAGGCGUUUGCCGAGUCAUUUUUGCUUUCAUACCUGAGAUCUGAUCGAUUCAUUCACUUCAAGCACUUCUCGCAGCCUUCUGGUACAAAACCCGUAACAGUUUCGGCCUCCUCAGGCGUUUGCCGAGUCAUUUUUAUUGUUUUCAACAUUGAGCAUUGAUUCACUAUACGCUUGCUGGUCCAGGCUCGCAGUAUAUUUUUUUUUCCUGAACAGGAAGUUAAUAAAUUUUUAAAAGUACCCCCAAACCCUCCCCUUGCGCACGGGUCUGUGUCGGAUCGUAUUGACGGAGGUUGCUUGCUGCGUGUUGAGAUCCUUUUCCUCGGCGGCGAUACAUUAGCUGCAUUUUCCUCUGCAACUUGGGUGUCAGUCUCGCGUUGUCGUUCACGUCCAUGUCGUCAUCGGUACUGCUUUCGUGCUGUUUAUCGUAGGAAGUUCUAAGUUGUUCUUACGGGUUGCUGUUGUAGAUCGGCCUUCAUCGGUAUUUGUUUCUUUAUUGGAAGAGUUGGUUUAGAGGCAUUUUCCGUAAUUGUUGUUACUUCGCUUUUGGUUAUGGUAGUUGGUUUACUGGUACUGGGUACGAUUGUUAUUGAUUUAGUGUUCGUUGCUGCCCGAUUUGUAGUCGUUGGUCUGCCAACCGGUUGCGGUUUAGCACACGCCGACUGUAUGCCGGCUUUGGGUGUAACAGAUAAAAUUUUCUAAGCAGACUCUGCGCAAGGUUUUCCGUUGUGUAGUGGCUGAUAGCAGAUUUGGCGCGUGAGAAUCUGUUCUGAAUGCGUAACCAAUGUUCGUUUACUAUAUGUAAAACAUUAGAUUGAUUUGCAUUUGAUGGUUAGGUAGAAGGGGAUAGGUUUGUAUUCUCGCCACACGCACGCUGUUACGGAGACCUGGAACGUAGUUCCUCAAAAUAUCUUCCUUAACGGUAUCCACUUUUCCGUAUUUUGACAUAUGUUGUUUGAUAGCAGUAGUACGCAGUGCAAGGUCACGUCGCUUUACUUCAAUAGUGUCAUCGACUAUAUAUGCUGGGAUGUUGUAUAAAAUGCCAAGUAAAGAAUUCUGCUUGGAUAGUUUUGAACAUAAUCAGUACCGCAUGACGUAUAUGGUGGAAUUGCACAGCAUUAACUUCUGUUUCGUUUAGCUUCAUGUUCACCUUCAACAAUUGCUCCACUUCGGAAAUCGGUCGUACUAGACAUUUCGAAAAGUUAACAGUAACUCAAUUUGAGGGUUGCGAUUUUGGGUUUAGUUCUAUUCGUUUAUGUUUUUCUAUUUGGGUCAAUGCAUUUGUGCCGCAGAUUUUCAAGUAAGAAAAAUUUGGCUUAUCGCUUGUUCAAAUUUCAUCUAGCGGGGAUCCAUGUCCUUGUGGUUUAAUAAGAAGACUUAGCUGUCUGUGAUUCCUGUCUAAAAAUUUGUGUAGUAUUGCACCAUAUAAUAGAUACCGACCGCUUUUAACUUUGGAGGGGCUCGAGCGCUCUACUCUUCUCCCAUGUUUCAGGUAACUUUGGUACCCAUUGUUCACGUAUUUUCUAAGGUUAUCCUUGCGAAGAGAUUAAUAUUUCAGCAGCGCGAGAAACUUCUUAAAAACUCUUAAAAUUUUUGGUUUCGUCUUUGACUUUAAAAAAUUGUGUACACAUUUUUUUGCGAUUUUUCAUCCACGAAAAAAAUGUACAAUCCGCGUCCGCUGAUGGAGUUUAUUUCCAUUGGUGUCGGUAACUCGGAUGCACGUGAACCUCCCUUGCUAUAUGGUUGCUGGCAGUGUUUACUAGUCGGGUACACCUUGCAAUCACCAGGAUCAGCUUCUAGUGGGAUCUUCAAGUCUAGUGUCAUUUCGCUGACCGAUUUGCGCACACUGUUUAGGUGAACCAAGUCGCUGAUGCCAAACCUUCAAGUCGACCGCGAACUAACAAGUCAAUUCAGCUAUGCCAGGUCAAACCCAUUCCCGAUCUUUACUCGUAAACUUCGUCAAUCCAGGAUGAGUUCCAUCUCAAAUGAAUCAACCGAGUCUGACUCAGUCGGUUUCAGAGUCGCGCUUAAUUUGCAAUUCACAUAGAAUCUUUUAAGGAUUCCUAUUGCUUUAACUGGGUGGUGUCUUGUGACCCUUGUACGAGUUUGAACCGAUCGUUUUCAUGCUUACCUGAGGCAAUGAUAUUAUCAUUUCGGCUAAUUACACGGUACCCAGCUCUUGUGUGGACAAUUGUGUAACCCUUUUUCUAUCAUUUAGUUCCCAGAAAGUGAACUCUAUCGAUUUUGUUGGCUAUUUUCGGCAAAUUUAAGACUAAGAGAAACGAAAGCAAUGAAAUUGGAAGACGGCGAAUAAGUUAUGAAUUUGGAACGGAAAACUAAAACUAGGCAGGCUCAUAGGGACACGAUUGAAAGGAAAUGUGAAGAAUCCUUUGCCUUCUGCUGGUAGGAGUUGGGCGUUCCAAUCAAGUCUACCUCACGUUCGAUGAUAGAACAUAAUUCAUCAUCAUGUUUUACCCUCGACGUGCGCGUAGGUGGAAUGCCCAACUCCUACCCACUAGAUAGACCCACUGGGUACUUGCUACCAUGUCGUAAGAGGCGACUAACAAAAGGAGUCCCUGAGUUAAAGUAACGCUUCGUGCCGAAUACUGAGAUUGGCUAAAGGUGCUUAAAAAAUUUAGUCAUGGUCGGACUAUUAUUUUUAUUCGGCCAUCUCACUUGUAUUAUUUGUGUCAUAGCAGAUAAUAAAUAGGUCUGUUCUAGCAAUCUACCGUGAUUCGUUCUGUUUUACGGAAUCGUACAUGGUGUUGAAAUAUAAAUGCAUAUGAUCAGUCCCCUAGUUGUUAAACUACGGUUUGUUGCUUAAAUGUCUGCUCCGAUCUCGAUUGUUCUUCUCGAAAGCUAAUGAGUGCAAUUUUCUAAACAAAACAUACUCCGUCGACCAUGUUAAGAAGCGGCACGCCACAAUACUUCAAUUGAGUAUGUGGCCAUUCUAGAACCCAUUCAGCUACUCCAGAUGCAUGUGUAUUAUUCCUUCACUUUAGUCAGACACUUCUGAUUUUCAGAAAGGUAACACAGCCCCAUAAUAUCCGACGUCCUCAACAUUAUUUCUGGAAAUAGUUGGAACCGGUUACGCUGUAAAAUUCGGUCCUCCGAAGGUCAUUAGUGAGACUGUAUUCGUCUACGUUUCUCCAAGUGUUCUUCAGAACAAUCCUCCGUGUAAAAUAUCAUUCCUCAAACUGAGGCCAUUACCUAACAACCUAACAGAAAUCGCCGAAUCAAAUGUUUGGUUGAGUUACUAUGGUUGUUACCUGGAUAUGUUGUAUUAGUUAUGAUUCUUGAGCCUCCAGCUGUUGGGAGAUCAAACUGCUGUAGUUUGGGGAACAAUUAAAUCACUCUCGGUGGCCGGCUAUUCAGAGAAAAUCUACAAGAAAAACCUAUCUAACUCUGAAACUAACCAAUCCACCACAUAAAACAUAUUCAUUUCGUGGUCGCAUUGCCUGUAUGUGCCGAAUCCCAUACCAAUAGCUGUCUUUCAAUCCAAUUCCGUGAUACUAAUGGAAGCGUCACUGAGUCGGUAGACUUCCUUUAAGUAGGUUUCACAUCAACAUUUCCUAUCCCAUACUAAGUACCGGUAGGGAUGGUCAUGGCCGACAAUGAUGAUUCUCAUGCUAUUGGUUUAUUGGACUCGAAAGAUAUAAUGCUCAUUCCCGAACAUUGAUUUCAAAAUUAAGAGCGACGAAAAUUUUAGGAUAUGAUUUUCUAAAGGAAUACUCAAAAAAUAAAUCGGCGCUAAUCUGUUGCGCUUACUGCAUCAAACGCGUACGAAACUUGCAUUGAGUGUAUGGAAAAGAUGAAAAAGGCGCACAUAAGUCGAUCCCAAUUCUCGACAAACAUAUGAUUACGGCUUAAAAGCCAACUGUCAAAAUUCUCCUUGAAAGGAAAUUCCGGACAAACCGUUAAAGGCUAAACACAGUAUACAGCAGUUAAUGAAAGAGAAAACUUUUCUCUUUUGUUUACUACAAACAUCUGUGAUUGAUGAGUAACGGUUUGUCCGAAAUUUCCUUUCAAAGAGAAUUUUGACAGUUGGCUUUUAAGCCGUAAUCAUAUGUUUGUCGAGAAUUGAUUGAUUCCUUUUGUUUCAUUUUCUCUCCGUUUUUCGUUGCUCUCUAAGGCAACGUUGGCACGAGAAACUCGAAGAUUUGUAAGGUCCAGCCGGUUUCCAUAUAUUGCAAAGAUGAAAUCGAAAGUUGAUCUCAACUUAUUAAUUUAUGAUGCAACCAUUCACAACAUUUUAGUCGCCUUACGGAAUUACCCUAGGGCAGAGUCCGACAGCUCUGUCUCUGGCAGAAGAACUAAUCUCGAACCAGAUCGUGAUUGGAUAAAAUUGACAUCCGCAGGCGCAUGGCUUGGAAUCAAGAGGUAGAGAGGGUACCGUGAACCGGGAUGACUUUGAUCACUCGAAACUUUUUUUUUUGAAAAUUGCUUAUGCUACCGAAUCAUUUAAAUUUGGAGUGAGUUUUACUCUAAACUUAAUACAUAUUAAUUUGAUAUACUUUUUGAGUAUAUUGUUCGAUUCUUGAGUACAACAACCACAGAAAACCGAAAUUUUACUCUACUUUAUUUUUACGAAAGUUAAAAAAGUGUCCAUUUUUAUACAACAAACAAAUCUUUAGCAAGAGUAAUAAAUUCUAAGCAAGUUUUUAUUUUUCUAUAAAGUCGAAUGUGCCAAAUUGACUUUUAAUUAUUUCAAAUUAAACUUAAAUUCGCAAGAUUUCUUUUUAUAUUCAAUACUCCAACGAGUUAAAAUGGAUCAAACUCUUUGAUAAUUGAUGAACCACUGAAAUAAAACAAAUUUAGCAAUUACAAACAGUGUUGCGAAACGAGCGAGAAGCACAUCAAGCCCGUUCGUUCGCGGGUGUGUACGAAUAGCAUGCCUAGCGUUCUUCAUCGUUCGCGCCCGGGUGAAUCAAAACCGCGAGCGGGAAUGCUCACGAGAAACCCAAGCUUUCUUGCAAGCUUCCAUCUAGUAGGUAGCAAUUCCAGGAAGCUUUGCUCGCGAAUGCUCGUCUGCUAUGUUUCCUCGCAAACGAGAAAUGCAUUGAAGAGCACAGGCGAGUGUGAAUGCUCGAAGGGCAUGGACUACUAGGAGUGUUCUCGCUAUUUCGUGUGAACGAGAAACGUUUUUUUACGCGCCCGCGAACGAGAAUAGCAUCACAGGUUACAAAUGUUUUCAGAUUCUUUUAUUGGUUCCUAUUCAACUAUUUUAUCCAUUCACAAAAUCGAAAAUGGAAAUUGUGUAGAAAGCUUCUAUCGCUUGAUAUCGAACUUGUAUCGUUACUAUCUGACGCUCAAACACUUUGCCAACAUUUGUUGUCAAUGUUACAGUAGCGGUUACGAAAAUCGCAAUUGGUCAAAACCAUCAUCUUUGAAGUGCUGAAACGUCUCAAGAAACGUUGAUCUGUUUUCCGGAAGGAACAAGGAAAUCAAAUGAACCUCCCAAACUACCCAGUAAAUUCAAUGAACUUGUUAUCAUUUUCAACCAUACCAAUCAUUUUAUAUUUGUCGAAAAAAUACAUUUUAAAUAUUUUACUGGAUCGAAACAGCUUUCUGAAAGUGUGUUAAUAUUUAAGAAUGCAGUCUUUUGAUUCCUUAAUUUCUUAUUUACGCUAAAAAUAAGGUUAUCACUCUUUUUUUUCUGUUAAUGUUAUGAUUUUAGAUCAAAAGGCAAACAAUUCUUCCAGAGCAUCGAGAAACAAUGAGCUUUAGUUUAAUAUUUCAAACUCCAUAGUCUCUUAUCAAUCACACCCCCCUUUUUCAGGCACAAAUCAAACGUAAAAGUCACUGAAAGUGCUGUUAUACUCUAGAAACAAACGAGUAGAGAAAAAAAAAACAAGCUAAACUUAAAUUUAAAAAUGUAAACAGAUGCGGAUCGCCGAAACAUCAAAUGCAAGUUUUGUUACGUUUCGCAUAUAAAAUAUACUUGCAGCCAAAAUAGAAGCGGGGGAUGAAAAAAUAACAUUAUUCUUAACGAAACAUAAAUAGAGCUGAGACAAAAAAAAACGAGCAAACACUUUAGUAUGAACAUAGGGAAAAUGAAAAGACUGGUUACUAUCAAACAAUUGCAUUAAGAAGCUGUACGAAUUAAAAUCACUAAGAGUAAAAUAACAGGAUAAGGUAAAAUAAAUAGCGAGUACGGUUUGUGUUUGACGCUUUUUCUACAUCUUUCGGAAUAAGUGAUAUUCAUAAGUCAUUUUUGUGGGACGUCGCCCUUCGGCGCGAGAGGAAGCUCCCGUAUCAACAACGGUCAAGGCCUGCUGUUCUGUUGACUAAUAUAUCGAUGCCAGAGAGAGAGUUACUUGUAUAAGAGGACUCGUAAGAAGGGAAACCAUUUUUGUACUUACCCAUCCUCACUAGACUCUAUUGUUGAGAACUGAAUAAGGUAAUCGAAUUGUGAAGAAUUUAAGAGCAUCCGUUCAACACUUGUAAAGUUUAUUUUGAAACUCUCUAUUAGUCAAGAAGGAUGUGUUUACUUAGAUUUACAAACAGACCCCCCUCCCAAGACAAAUGAAGAUGUGAUGUAAGUCUAGAGCAAGAGUAUUUAAACAAAAACAAUCUAAAUUAAGCUUAGUAUUGUAUACAUUUUGUCCGUAAGUCAGAACCGAGUCGAGAACAGCGACAAAAGGAUAGAAUAGUGAUUAACAUUAAACCACAAAAUAUCUAAUCUUGAAAGUAAAAUAGCCUAUACACAAAAGAAUACUUAAAUUCUACGACCCACCAACAAACCUGCUAGGAGUUUUGAUCGCUGGAAGAAUUGUCAAAUUGCUGCGCCAUCAUUUCACCACAGUAUGUCCCGACGAAUGAAAAACCUCUUUUGCUUGAUACUAAUUUAAAAUCGCUGUGUUUCUCUCUGUUCAAAGUAUUAGCGUGUAUUUUUUGAGUGAAAAUAAAUCUUGGAUAGCCCCAUAACAGUAUCAGCGAAAUUGUAAAUUGUUACAUUAGACUGUGUAAGCGUUAUAUUAAAAACAAACCGGAAAUGAAAGUGAUCAUAACAAAAGAUUUAAAACUAAAUUAACCGAGUGGUAAAACUUAAACGAGGAAAAUUAUCUUUUAAUUUAACAUUGCCUUAUUAACUAUAAAUAAAAAAACACGAUCUACACAGACAUAGAUAUGAUGAGAAACAAUAUAAGGAAGAAAAUACAAUACAAAAUACACUUACAUUUAGAGAACGAGAUACAACACAGAAAUGAAGAGAUUAGAAUGGUUCGAGGUCUAUUAUUUGUAGGGCGACCGAUAGUUUUUUUGGGAAAAAAAUGCCAUCGUUGAAUACUCUAAUAUCCGAACAAAAAUAAUAAUCACACUGAGCAUAUUUUGAUUAAGUAUAUCAAUGUAUUCUCUGUCUUGAAUAAGAAUCAUAUGACAAAACUAAUACUAAUUAUAUAUUAAUUAUAUGAAAUAUAUGGAAAAUAACUAUUUUUAACCUACUUAAGCAAGAUAUGAAUUAAAACUUGAUGUAAUAAAGUGAAUCGUAUAUACAUAUAAAAUAUUUAACGACAUGCAAACUAAGAAGAAAAAAAAACAAUGAAGUAUAAAACAGUGGGCGUUUUUAUUCAUCAUCGAUGAGCACUUGUUUGGUUGACAGAACAGAGUUAGCGUAUUUAGUCUCAUAAAAUAAAUAGAACAGGUAAGCCCAGACUACUUUGAUUCUUGAAAUUAAUUCACUUUAACUCGAUGGCAAUUAUACAAUCGAGAAAAAUACUGAACGAUUACAAUGAUAAACAAAAUAGUAGAGUCAAAACCUGAAAUGGAAAGCCGGUGAAAACGGUGCAAAUACUGCUGCGUUUAUGAAGAAGCCAUUCUACUAACGAGGUUUAAUUUUUCCGGUUUGGUUUGUACUUUCUCAUCUACUCGACACACAUUAUAACAUUAAUCGCUCUUUUGGUUUGUGCAGAUACGUCAAUAAAGAAGUACAUGGUUGUUUGUAUGAAACUUCAUUACACAAA